AUGAAUACGCCGUUACUAUUGACAGAUAAUCAAGUAAAGGAAUUUUUAAUUAAUGGUUAUUUAGUUUUACAUCCUACUUCUCUCGAUGAAAAAUUUCAUUCAACAAUAUUUAAUCAAGUUUCAUCGAUUUUUGAAAAAGAAGGUAAUCCAGGAAACAAUAUUCUUCCACGGAUUCCUGAACUUCAAAAUGUCUUCGAUGAUCCAGUUGUAAGUGGUGCAUUAGAAAGUUUAUUAGGUACAAAUUAUACUAUGCAACCACAUAGACAUGCUCAUUUAACAAAACCAGGAACUCAAGAUCAACUUUGGCAUAAAGAUAGUUAUUUCGGUUAUCGAAAGGAACUUCGUCAUCAUCAAUUACGUUAUAUUAUGGCAAUGUAUUAUCCUCAAGAUACAACUCUUGAAAUGGGUCCAACUGCUAUUAAACCAAAAUCACAAUAUGAUGUCCUAGAUCCGAAAGUACAUCGAAAUGAGAAAACAUUAGAAAAUAGUAAUGCAAAAAAUGAUGAUCAAAAUGAUCUUUAUAUGAUUUGUCAAGCUGGUACUGUUGUAUUAAUUCACUAUGAUAUUGUUCAUAAAGGAACAGCAAAUCGAACAAAAGAUUCAUAUCGUUUUAUGUUUAAAUUUCAAUUCAAUAGACUUGAAGAACCGACUAAACCAACAUGGAAUCAUGAUCCAUCAAAUGCUAUGUAUGAUGCAACAGAUGCUGGUUUAUCACAACCAAUUGUUAAACAUAUUUGGAAUUGGAUGAUGGGUGGUAGUAUAAUUACAUAUCAAGAACAACUAUUUACUGAACAAGAUAUCGAUAAUUGGACAUCACAAUUAAACGAUAAAAAUGGAAAAAUUCGUCUUAAUGCAGCAUAUAAUUUAGCUCUAUGUAAUCAAUACAAUAGUUUAAUCAAACGAUUAUCUAAUAACAAAGAAAUUUUUCGUCUUGAAGCAGCAUAUGCAUUAACAGCUUGUCGAUAUAAUAAAAAUGCAAUUGAUGAAUUAAAAAUAUUACUAAAAAAUCAAAAAAGAAAUGAAUGUCCAGCAUCUUGUAUUGCAUUUAUAUUUUCUGAAAUGGGAUCAAUGGCAAUUGAUACUUUACCAUUAUUGAUACAUGUCAUAGAGAAUACUGAUUCAUGGUUAGUUAAACGAUAUUGUUGUGAAGCACUAGGAACUAUUCCAUUGAAUAAUUCACAGGAUGUCAAUGUAGUUGUACAAUGUUUAACAAAUAUUCUUAUUGAUCGAGAUCAAGAAAUAGAUUCAAAAGAUGCAUCUCAUACGAGACUGACUGCUGCAUUAUCCUUGGCUAAAAUUGGUCCUAACGCAAAUGAAGCAAUACCUAUUUUAAAAGAUUCUCUUUAUCAAGAUCAAAAUCGUUAUGUUAGUGGUAAUGCAUUAUUAGCUUUAGAACGUAUUGGAACAAAUGAAGCAUUAAAAAUUGUUUUAUCUUAUUUGAAAAUAUCAAGAUGGUGUCCAAAAACAACUGCCAGUAGUUUAUUCUAA